CUGCUUUGUCUCUUCCUGCCCGUGGGCUUGGCCGGGGCGUGGAGCCACGAGGGCACUCCUUCCAUCCCGGCCCUUGGUCACCAGCACCUCCCGACUUUCCUUCCACUGAGGACACAGCCAGCAGCUCCUGCCAUGGACAGGUGGUACCUGGGCGGCAGCCCCAAGGGGGACGUGGACCCAUUUUACUACGACUAUGAGACAGUCCGCAAUGGGGGCCUGAUCUUCGCAGCCCUGGCCUUCAUCGUGGGGCUCAUCAUCAUCCUCAGCAAACGACUCCGCUGCGGGGGCAAGAAGCACCGGCCUGUUAAUGAAGACGAGCUGUAAUGAGAGAGUCGGCUGUGCCCCCGUUGCAGUGGGGCUGCGUGGGAAGCCUUCCCUGGGCCGAGGACCUUGGCCUCCAGCACUGCCAGGCCCUCGGGCUGAAGGAUGCUCCAGGCUCCCGGGACCCCUGGGUGGGCACCACCUCCUCACACCCCGUGCAGACAAUAAAGCCAGCCUCCUUCUGUCCUGUAACUGCCACCA